CCAUUGCAGGUUAAGCAGCUGUAAAAUGACAGAUGAAGGUUGUUCUGCUGUGACUUCAGCUCUGAAAUCAAACCCAUCACACCUGAGAGAACUGAACCUGACAGGGAAUAAAAUAGGAGACUCUGGAGUGAAAAACCUCAGUGAUCUACUGAUGAACACACAAUUUAAGCUGGAGAAACUGGAUCUGUGUGAAUGCAGUAUUGCAGAGGAACAGUGUCUCAUCCUGACUUCAGCUCUGAAAUCAAACCCAUCACACCUGAGAGAACUGAACCUGAGCAAGAAUAAAAUAAAAAACACAGGAGUGAAUCACUUAUGUGACGUACUGAAGGAUUCACACUUUAAACUGGAGAGAUUGAGGUUAAGCAGCUGUAAAAUGAUAGAUGAAGGUUGUUCUGCUGUGACUUCAGCUCUGAAAUCAAACCCAUCACACCUGAGAGAACUGAACCUGAGCGGGAAUGAACUAGGAGACUCUGGAGUGAAAAACCUCAGUGAUCUACUGAUGAACACACAAUUCAAGCUGGAGAAACUAGAUCUGUGUGAUUGCAGUAUUACAGAGAAACAGUGUCUCAUCCUGACUUCAGCUCUGAAAUCAAACCCAUCACACCUGAGAGAACUGAACCUGAGCUGGAAUAAACUAGGAGACUCUGGAGUGAAAAACCUCAGUGAUCUACUGAUGAACACACAAUUCAAGCUGGAGAAACUAGAUCUGCGUAAAUGCAGUAUUACAGAGGAACAGUGUUUCAUCCUGACUUCAGCUCUGAAAUCAAACCCAUCACACCUGAGAGAACUGAACCUGAACUGGAAUAAACUAGGAGACUCUGGAGUGAAAAACCUCAGUGAUCUACUGAUGAACACACAAUUCAAGCUGGAGAAACUACAUCUGUGUAAUUGCAGUAUUACAGAGAAACAGUGUCUCAUCCUGACUUCAGCUCUGAAAUCAAACCCAUCACACCUGAGAGAACUGAACCUGACAGGGAAUAAACUAGGAGACUCUGGAGUGAAAAACCUCAGUGAUCUACUGAUGAACACACAAUUCAAGCUGGAGAAACUAGAUCUGUGUGAUUGCAGUAUUACAGAGAAACAGUGUCUCAUCCUGACUUCAGCUCUGAAAUCAAACCCAUCACACAUGAGAAAACUGUACCUAAACAAUAAUGAAAUAAAAAACACAGGAGUGAAUCACUUAUGUGACGUACUGAAGGAUUCACACUGUAAACUGGAGAGACUGAGUCUUCGUAACUGUGGCAUUACAGAUGUUUCGUCUUUAACUCAGUCUUUGACAAACACAAAAGCACUGCAGUUUCUAAAAGAGCUUGAUCUGAGAAACAAUAUAAUUGGAGACUCAAAGCAGCAGCUCAUUGAUGUGCUACGAGACUCAAACUGUAAACUGAGUGUAGAUACAGAUCCAUCACCUGAAGUCCCUGAUAGAGUUCAAUCACAAGAAAUACCUGGAGUUCAAUCAACAAAAGACGAUAUGCUGUAAAUCAUAAUUUGAAGUGGUCUUGAGAGGAGCAGUAAACAUCAGGUGAGGAUCCACAGAAGAGCUUCACUACUGUGUCUAUGAGGAGAAAGAAA